UUCCUCUUUCUUGUUUAAUGUUUAAUUCUAUGAUAUUUUUCUUUGACCUCUUUCAUUUGAGAGGUGGGCUUUCUUAUCAGAAACAUUUACAUGGGCCUUAUUAUUCUUGGAUGAUUUAAUGCUAGUGACAUCCAGGCAUAAUAAGGCACAAUGAAUCCUCUCCUGUGCUUCAAUUGAGAACGUUUGUAUUCUAUUGGUGGUGUGGGGGGAGACAUGGUCAAAUGUGUCUUUUCAGAUAUCAAGGGGUUGAUAAAAGAUUUAUGGAACUUUUCUUUUGCAAAGUGUUAGUGCCUCUUUGGAAUAUCUGAUAUGAUUGUAAUGUUAGAUAUCUGAAAACCACUUCAUGUUCUUCCUGUAUCAGUGGUGGACCUUUUCGCUCCACCAGGAGUCAAGUGGUUAGUGGUGAACUCAAGAGAAAUUUGAAAGCUGUAUUUUGGAAUCUGUUACAUAUUGUUGAUGCUCUACUUGGGAAAACCUCAAAUGCUACAUGAAUCUGGUGCCAUCUGUAGAUCUCUCUCCUGGCCUUUUUUCUUUGGGUGGUUGGUGGGAAAGCAGGAGCCAUGGAAUGAAAGACUCCAUGUAGCUCAAGAGCGAGGCACACUUGUGUUGCUUGAGAAUCUUGAUCCUUCAUAUACAUCAGCAGAAGUGGAGGAUAUUGUCAGGCGUGCCUUGGAGCAAAAGGUUAGUGCAAAAAUGGUGCAACAUAGUACCUUCUCAAAUCCAUUGAAUGGGAAAGCAUUUGUUAUCUUCAAAUCAAGUGACGGUGCAGAGACUGCCAUUUCUAAAUUGAAAAGGAGAUGCCUUAUGUUAGGUGAUGGAAGGCCAGUUGUUGCUCGGAGAGGAACUAUAAAGGAGCCAGUGAAAUGUAGUGGCCUUCCUGGCCAUCUAUCCAUUGGUAGAAUCAAAUUUCAAAAGCUAGGAGAAGAAAUGAGAAAAGCAGUAUCAACAUCACACCACUCCCAGAGUAACACAAUCGAACAUGAGAUGGCCGUUGAAUGGCGUGUACUACAGGAAAAGUCAAGCCUUUGGUGGAAAGCUUUACAUGAGAAACAAGCAGCAGAGAUUGAACUACUUAGGGGCAAGUUGAAGAGCCCUAUUUGGAACUAAACCUGUAUAGGAUCUAAACGGACUCUUUUUGUUGGUUUCCUUGUGUACAAGCGGUAUACAGAGGGUGCCCCUUUUUUGGAUAUGGGAUUGCACCUAAGCAUAGAGUAGUACAGAGAUUACAGAUUAGUAUUAUCUGAUGAUAGAAUGCAAUUCUUUUUGCGCAGCACAAUACUGCAUCUUUUGUAGUUCACUGUAUUGCUGUGAAUUUGAGAGUUGUUAGCAGUUCCCUAUAGGAAAUUGGUGCGGUUUGACUUUCUUCCCACACCAGAUGUUUUUUCUUCAAAAUCCAAUAUUAAGUCAUUAAUCA